GGUGUGUGUAUGUGUUUAAGAGAGUGUGUUAAAGUGUGUGUGUGAGAGUGUGUGAGAGUUGACGGCAUCAUAAUAGUUUUAUUCAUCCAGGCGGAGGAGAGCUGAGAGCUCCAGCAGCCCGAGCUUCAGUCUGAAUCAGAAGAGGAGGACACUCAGCACCACUGAGCAGCUUUAAUCUACAAAUAAAGGGUGUAUCCUGCCUUCCGCCCGAUGCUGGCUGGGAUAGGCUCCAGCACCCCCCCGCGACCAUUAAUGGAUAAAGUGGUUGAUAAUGACUUGACUUGACAAUUACCCCACCCCCUCAUUAGGACUUCAAAGGCUUAGACUGUUUCAACUGAUAUUAUAUGAAUGAGUUGCAGUUUUAUCAACCUCAGAUAAUAAGAUGGUCCAGAUUAAAAGAAUCUGCUGUAUAGGCGCUGGUUAUGUCGGUGGGCCAACCUGCAGUGUGAUUGCCAGCAUGUGUCCUGAGGUCACGGUGACGGUAGUGGACGUGAACGAGAGCCGAAUCAAAGCCUGGAACUCUGAUACUCUACCAAUUUAUGAGCCGGGUCUGAAUGAGGUGGUUUUGUCCUGCCGGGGCAAGAACCUCUUUUUCUCCACCGACAUCGACUCCGCCAUUAAAGAAGCAGACCUGGUCUUCAUCUCUGUGAACACGCCCACGAAGACGUAUGGGAUGGGAAAGGGCCGAGCUGCUGAUCUGAAGUUUAUCGAGGCGUGUGCCCGCCGGAUCGUGGAGGUAUCAGACGGGUAUAAGAUUGUGACUGAGAAGAGCACCGUGCCAGUACGAGCUGCUGAGAGCAUCCGCAGGAUCUUUGAUGCCAACACCAAACCCAGCCUUAACCUGCAGGUGCUCUCAAACCCUGAGUUCCUGGCAGAGGGGACGGCGGUGAAGGACCUGAAGGAGCCGGACCGUGUUCUGAUUGGUGGAGAUGAGACACCGGAGGGCCAGAAGGCUAUCCAGGCUCUGUGUGAGGUUUAUGAGCACUGGGUGCCCAAAUCACGCAUCAUCACCACCAACACCUGGUCCUCUGAGCUCUCCAAACUGGCUGCGAAUGCAUUCCUUGCUCAGCGCAUCAGCAGUAUAAACUCCAUCUCUGCUCUUUGUGAGUCCACCGGGGCGGAUGUGGAGGAGGUGGCCCGAGCGAUCGGCAUGGACCAGCGCAUCGGCAGCAAAUUCCUUAAAGCCAGUGUCGGUUUUGGAGGGAGCUGUUUCCAGAAGGACGUGCUGAAUUUGGUGUACCUUUGUGAGGCACUGAAUCUGCCAGAAGUGGCCUCCUACUGGCAACAGGUGAUUGACAUGAAUGAAUACCAGAGGAGAAGAUUUGCCUGUAGGAUCAUUGACUGCCUCUUCAACACUGUGACGGGGAAGAAAAUUGCGCUGCUAGGAUUCUCUUUCAAAAAAGACACUGGAGAUACCAGAGAGUCAUCCAGUAUCUACAUAUCUAAAUAUCUGAUGGAUGAGGGAGCCAAGCUGCACAUCUACGACCCCAAAGUCCUGAAGGAGCAGAUCAUGCAGGACCUUUCCCAGCCCAGCAUCUCUGGAGACAACUCCCACAGAGUGCCGGAGCUGGUGACUGUGACGACAGACCCGUAUGAAGCGUGUAAGAGUGCACAUGCACUGGUUAUCUGCACUGAGUGGGACAUGUUUAAGGAUCUGGAUUAUGAGAAGAUCUAUCAUCAGAUGCUGAAGCCAGCAUUCAUUUUCGAUGGCCGGCGCGUUUUGGAUCAUCUUCACCCCCAUCUACAGAACCUUGGUUUUCAGAUCGAGACUAUUGGUAAGAAAGUGAUGACCAGGCUCCCCUUCACACCGUCUGGUGGAGUACCCAGGAUCACCCUUAAUGAACCACCCAACAAGAAACCCAAAGCAUGAGGGGAUUACAUGCCCAUAAUCCCACCUGUACAACCACCCACAAUUCCCACACACACAAAAACCCAUCCACACAUACAUGUAUUUACUUUACAUUGGCUGAAUAUCUAACCAAAGAGCCAAAGCCCCCAAAUAUCCACAGUUUCAGCAAUCAGCCCACAUUUUUGUGUUUAGUUAAUUUAGUAAUUUAGUAUUCAGUUACAUAGUAUUCAGAUUUCCUAUCUUCAUCUUCAGAUCUUCACAUUCUCUCCUGAAGCCUUUAUUAUAAAUGCCAAAUUUAUUUCAGCUGAGCCAUCAUUUACUAAACCUCUGAUUUCUCAUGUCGUCAGUAUUAAACGGCCUGUUUCCUCACACUUCUCAACAAAAAUAAUUCUGAUAUAGAAUGUGAACAGUAAAGGGGCGGAUUCUCAGACAUGGAUUAAGCCUAGUCCUGGACUGUUUUCCUUUCAAUGGAAAAUCAUCAUUCUAAAUGCUGUGCAGUCCGAGACUAGGCCUGUAUCAUCUGUCCCAUAGAGAUUACAUGAAGAAAUAAAUGAUGGCUGUUUAGGUGCACAAACCUAAAAAAAAAAAUCUUGUACAGCCUUUUCUAUAUAAAUACAUUUCAUUUCUUAAUGAUGUUAAACCAUAAAUGGCCAUAAAUGACAUUAACAUUACACACUGUUGCACUGAUUAAAAGGUUCCGUCGUGCAUUUAUAGUGCACUCUUACCCACCUCAGAUCUGUAUUUUUGCACCGUGUUCUUUUCUUUUCUUCAUCUUUCGUAUGGACCACAUGCUGUAUUAAUAAUGCCCGUCUUUAUCAGAGGGGUUUUUGUAAUUGUAAAGAGCUGGAACAUUAUAUUGAGUGGAAGCCUGGACUAAAAAAUAAUAAUUGCCUUUUAAAGAAAUGGCUAGAUCAAAUAUGUUAUGUUGUUAAAAUAAAUGAAAAUAAAUGAUUAAAAAUAGCCUAGAAUAAUGAAAUUAGCUCUUUUUACAGAUUUUAGCUACAUUAGCAUGUUUGAUUUACGCUAUUUCUUUAAGUCAGUGUCCCAGUGCUGAAUAUAAUUCAGGUAUUUAACAUUGUUAGCAAUGUUCAGACUGCACUCAAACAGGAUUUGCAGGAUGUAUUUUCUCAGAUCAGAUCGGGUAAGAUGACAUCACAUGUCAUAAUGUAUCUGUAUGGGUUGCUGGGGUGUUGACACUGUUCUUGGACCCCUGCAAUUCAGGAUAUCCUGGAUUUGAUGGAUGGAUGUCAUUGUUUGUCAUAUUAAGUAACAAAAGACGUUGAAAUAUAAAAAUUCAAUUUGCACGACCAGAAUAAGAUACAUCUGUACAAAUCUGAUCUAUAAUUGCAUUUUGAAGCACCUCCAAAUGUGGUUGGGGAUUGAUUUGCAAAAUUUGUAUUUCAAGGGGUUUCUGUCCCCACUAUCAAAAAUCAGAAAUCAGUCUAAAUCGAAUCUAGAUAUAAUAAUCAGAUUUGGACCGGCAAGUCUAAACAUAUAGCCUUAGAUAUGCCAGACUGUUGAACAUAUACUUUAUGUUUAUAGAUGAAUGCAAUUGUCCAAUUAUUUCAAAUGAAAUUCUGCUUCUGUGGCAUUAAUUAAAGCUUUCUGAAUCAUCAUAUAAAUAUAAAUGUAUAAUCAAAUGAACUGAGCAAGCACUGAAAGAUCUUAAUGAGUGUUUUUUCAAACACAGACUGAGCAAAAACGAUGAUUAUGAAGCUUUAGAAGACAGCAGUCAGUCGGUUGUUGCACACUGUUGUAAAAUGUCUGUAAAAGCAGUACAUGCUAGUUAAAUGUGAAUGUUUUUUCAUUAAAUCUCAUGUAUAGAUUUGCAACACUAAUGUAAAACAACGGAAAUCAGUUUCUUAAAUAAAUAUGGACCAAAUGAAGAAAAAAAAAUGCCUUAUUUUUUUGGGAACAGCUUUUUAUUGUACUAUGUAUGCAUAUAAUGCAGUUGCUUUUCACAAGGUUUAUACAGACCUCAUACAGAACGUGCAUUAAAUCUUUUCUGUGUAAAUUCUGGUAAUAACUCAUUAACUAUGAUUCUGGUUUAGAGUCACAGACAGGGAUUAUCUUAAAUAAAGUUUCUCUAUUGAACAUGAAAAAAUAUUGAGGCUAUCUGACUUAUGCUGAGUUCUACUUUCUCUGUAGGUUCUCCUCUCAGUGCAGGCUCUCUCAUUUUAGCCUUUUCACUUCUUCUGCAUAUAAUACAUAUAUUAAAUACAGCUCUGGAAAAAAUUAAGAGAGCACUUCAGUUUUUAAAUCAGUUUCUCUGAUUUUGCUUUUUAUAGGUUUAUGUUUGUGUAAAAGGAACAUUGUUGUUUUAUU